UGCUUUCCCUAGCAACGACAGCCAUCUGGUCCUGUACCUGCCUCCCUUAGGACCAUACAGGAAGAGAGCUGCACGUCCACUCGAUCUGAUUAACAGGAGCCAGGAUUUUCAACUAAUUUAGAGGCACCAAAACGGGUGUUGAAACGGGAAUCUUGGGCUGCGAGCAGUUCCAGAGUAUUUUAAAUCUACGUAUCUUUAUAAAAUGCCCGUGAGAUUUUCAUGAAUAUUAUGGAUCUGAAUUUAAAAGCAGGAUCACUUUAUGCUACCAGCAAGGGAAAUUCAAUGCAAUGUUCUGCUCCCUAGCUGUCUUUUGGAUAAGGCAGCCCCAGGCUCUGACUGGGGCCCAGCAGAAGUUCAAGGGACCAACUCUUCGGGAUCUCCUCCUCAGGUGCAGAAGGAGGGAGCUGAAGCUCAAGUGCGUGCUGCUAAAGGACACCCUGCUGUCAAAGUGGAAGAUGCUGAUGCCAAGAGGGUGCCCGGGUUGGAGGAGGAACCCAAGCCAGACCUCCCCCUGCCAUUGCCCACCAAAUCUUUGGCUUCAUCCCCAGCCAAGUCUGAAACUCUUGCGGUCCCACCUAGGACCGUUGGUCCAAGCAGAAAGAAGGAAACUUCUCAGGGUGUUGAUGUCGAAGACCUACUGGAAUCGUGUCCAACAGCUGCCUGGCCCAGUCAAUCCAGUCCUCAGGAAGAUGUGCAGGAACGGGCCAGCUCCUCCGCCAGCCAGAACAGCGCGGUCAUAAACGACCGGCUUCAGGAGCUCGUGAGGCUCUUCAAGGAGAGGACGGAGAAGGUGAAAGAGAAACUGAUUGAUCCGGAUGUCACCUCUGAUGAGGAAAGCCCCAAGCCGUCUCCGGCCAAGAAAGCUCCAGAGCCUCCACCUCCAGAGAAAGAGGCUGAAGCGGAAAAGGCCGAAGAGGACCACUACUGCGAUAUGCUGUGCUGCAAAUUUAAAUGUCGGCCUCUUAAAAGGUACCAGUUCCCAAAAAGCAUCGACCCGCUCACCAAUCUUAUAUACAUCCUGUGGCUGUUCUUUGUGGUUUUGGCCUGGAAUUGGAACUGUUGGCUGAUUCCAGUCCGCUGGGCUUUUCCAUACCAAACCCCUGACAAUGUCCAUCUCUGGAUGCUAAUGGACUACUUCUGUGACUUCAUCUACUUGCUGGACAUGACUGUCUUCCAGACCCGACUGCAGUUUGUCAAAGGAGGAGAUAUCAUUACUGAUAAAAAGGAAAUGAGAAACAACUACUUAAAAUCACGACGCUUCAAGAUGGAUGCGAUCUGUCUCCUGCCCCUGGAUCUCUUAUAUUUGAAAGUUGGUGUUAAGCCUCUCCUACGUCUGCCUCGCUGUUUAAAGUACAUGGCCUUCUUUGAAUUUAAUAACCGUCUUGAAGCUAUCCUAAGUAAGGCGUAUGUUUACAGAGUUGUACGUACCACAGCCUAUUUACUCUACAGCUUACACUUGAACUCAUGCCUAUAUUACUGGGCUUCCUCUUACCAAGGAAUAGGCUCCACCAGUUGGGUUUAUGAUGGAGUGGGAAACAGUUAUAUUCGCUGUUACUACUGGGCUGUUAAAACUCUGAUUACCAUUGGUGGACUACCUGACCCUCAGACCCUCUUUGAAAUCGUUUUUCAACUUCUGAACUACUUCACGGGAGUCUUUGCUUUCUCUGUUAUGAUAGGCCAGAUGAGAGAUGUCGUCGGAGCGGCGACGUCUGGACAGACGUAUUACCGAAGUUGUAUGGACAGUACGGUUAAAUACAUGAAUUUCUACAAAAUCCCCACGUCCGUGCAGAAUCGGGUGAAAACCUGGUAUGAGUACACGUGGCAUUCCCAAGGGAUGCUAGAUGAGUCAGAGCUGAUGGAACAGCUGCCUGAUAAAAUGAGACUGGAUAUUGCCGUCGACGUAAAUUAUGACAUAGUCAGCAAGGUGGCCCUCUUUCAGGGCUGUGACAGGCAAAUGAUUUUUGAUAUGCUGAAGAGGCUCCGGUCCGUGGUCUACUUACCCAAUGACUACGUUUGCAAGAAGGGGGAAAUCGGCAGGGAAAUGUACAUUAUCCAAGCUGGGCAAGUCCAGGUAUUGGGAGGACCUGAUGGGAAAACUGUACUUGUGACUCUGAAAGCUGGAUCCGUAUUUGGAGAAAUAAGCUUACUGGCGGUUGGGGGUGGAAAUCGCCGAACAGCGAAUGUGGUGGCCCAUGGAUUCACCAACCUUUUCAUUUUGGACAAGAAGGACUUGAAUGAAAUUUUGGUGCAUUAUCCGGAGUCCCAGAAGUUGCUUCGAAAGAAGGCCAGGAGGAUGCUCCGGAAUAAUGCCAAACCGAAAGAAGAGAAAAGCUCUCUCAUUCUUCCGCCGAGAGCUGGGACCCCAAAACUCUUUACAGCUGCUCUGGCAGCGGCAGGGAGGAGCAAAGCAGAUGGAGGGAAAGCGGGCAGACUGGCCCAUUUAAGAGCACGACUGAAAGAGCUGGCCGCACUAGAGGCAGCUGCAAGGCAGCAACAGGAACAGGAGCAGGCUGGUACUUCUGGUGCACCUGCUACUUUAGGACCUCCGGGACCAUCCUCUGCUUCAAGACCCCCGGGAUCAUCUGCAGAUUCAGGACCCCCGGGACCACCUGCUCAGGACCCACCGGGACCACUGGUUCACCGCCCUCGACCCUCUUCCUCCCAGAAACCCGAGGAGGCCGACGAUGAGGACGUUGUCUCGGAGUCCGCAGAUCACUCGAUCCGUAUCCGUAUGAGUCCGGCCCCCGAAAGCGAUGAACACAUCCUUUCGGUGGAAGUUCCGGAGAAGAAGAAAGACAAAUGAGACAGACCCCAGCCUUCCUAGAAGGCCGUUCCCAUAAGUUCCGCUGGCCGACUUCGUCGUAGAGAAGCUUUGAGCCGCUACCGGAUUCAGCAGGGCUGUCUUCAUGUCUGCUGCCUUUUCUGGGAUUCUUAGUCUGCUGCUGUUGCUCUCUGAAUAAAGGUUACUUGAAAUAUAAACUCUUUA